CAUGGCCGACGAUGAAGAAGAAGACCUGGACGAACUGCUGGAUGAAGUAGAAAAAAGGUUUUGUCGCAACGUUUCUGUCACGUGUUCCGCUCGCGUGGACCCGAGCGAGGUGGGAAAAUGCGGGAAAGACAGCGAAGGACAAAGAAAACACAACAGAGCCACAACACCCGACCAGCCGGUGAGCAGCGUCGCCGACGAUAUUGACGCUCUUCUGGAAGAAUUACUGGAGGACGACUCCAGCGAUUCCUCUCAACUAAAGACGCAACAGUUCCCUAAAGGAACACAAGUAGAGAAGAAGCUGUCGUCUCAGUCAGGAGGGAGAAAGUGUUGUCCUGUUUUUGUUGGCGGGAGCUCCGUCACAAGCGGCGUCGGAACGCCAACGUCCAAGAGGUCAUGUGACCAGCUGAGGUGUACGUCCUGUGACUUCCGGGUGCUGACGUUUGACAACUGUGAGUGGGACUCGUCCUGUGAUUACCUGUUCCUCAGGAACAACAUGCCGGACCGUGAGAAGCUCAGAGCCAGGCUGAAGAAGAGGAGAGGUGUUCGGGCUUUCGCCUGUCAGUGCAGCUGGUUCUCCACGACGGAGCCGACGGACCUCAGAGACCGAGCGGAGCUCAGAUGGGUCUGUGGGAACCACCGGGACUGAUGCUGCUCAAGAGAACGUACGGAUGUAUGACUGGAAAGUUUACGGACAGAGAAACUGUCUUUCACUCCUUUCUUUAUCUAACACACAACACGACCGUCCUGCAGUUAAAUAAUCACCUCGACUCGUCCUCACGGUUUGUCAAACUAAAGUCACACCACAGAUGUUUGGAGUUUUCUUGCCCCUGUUGAUAAUAUUCAGCGUCUGCAGAGGUUCAGCUCACUAAUGUUCAAGUCACAGUUUAGUUUGAUCAAAGCUUUAUUGUUCAGCUGCAAACACAAACAAAGACACACGGUGAAAACAGCAGAUGUGGAAUUAUUCAGUAAUUAUUUUUAAUGAUUGUUUACAUAACAUGUAUAGAGACUAUUUUCAGUGGCGGAAUGAUCCACAUUUGGUUCUCUUGUGGAAGGGAAGGUUCCUCCUGUUAGACCCUUCUUUGUACUUUCAAAAUAAAAGCUGCGACAUUGCAUUCCCCCCACACACUUUAUUUUUUAUUGUUAAACAACAA